UUUGAACAGGAGACCUAUGACGAAGUCGAUGCAGAUGUGACAAAAGCGCUGAAGAGUUAUUUGGAGAAUUUCACUGGUCACUGGAAGGAUAACACUGAGUUUCUCAACUGGAUUGCGAAAAUUCGGUCGGGGGUGAAAAAUAAUAAUACCCAGCUGGCGGAGAAGUUUCAGUUGCAAUAUAACUUUGAGAGCUACAAUGCGGAGCGUUUGAUUUUGGAGGAGAAUAUCGAGGAUCGUAUCGAGGAACUGGACAGCAUUAUUCCCCACCAGAAGCACCAAAAGUGCCUGCAAUUCUAUGUGGAGCAGAGAAACAUUCUAAAAAAAGCCCUAAAGCAGUCGAACAAGCAAAAAAUUGAGAAGUUUGGUGAAAAUUCGAUUCAUUGUCCGUACUAUCAUUUUGAUAUAAACGAAUACCUAAAGCCCCUUGAAGGUAUUGCCAAUGGGCAGAAGGUGCGCUAAGCGUCCUUUUUUUGGAUCGUCUAAAGGAUGUAGCAAUCUCACAUUUUUUGGCCCCCUUAUAAAAAUCACAGACUAGUGAUUUAAUAAAUUUUCAGCAGAUAUAA